CCAUAUCGCUACCCUUCACAAUGUCUUCCCAAGACACUGUAGAGGCACUACCAUGGUACCAAUGGAUGUUCAUGGUGGUACUGGUACUUGGCGUUGCCAUGGCAGUGGCGCUCAUAGUACGGACGGUAUUAUUAGCCACGGGAUAUGGUAGUGGAUACGGCGGUGACGGUAAUUCAGAUCCAUUAUGUAGUACCUUGUCCUUCAUGGUACUCCUAUGCUAUAUAGGACUCCACCUACUAGGGUACUACUGCCAGUAUGUGAAGACGCCACUAUGUAGACCCAUGAAGGCGCUGAUAGCCUUUGGGAUGAUACUUGUGGUCACUGCAUGUUACGUUACCUUCACGUUGACCACGAAUUAUACCCAGAAUGCUGACAAGACGGCCUAUAUCGUAGUGGCCAUAUCGUGCCUACAGGUAGUGGCUUUCGUAGGAUUUGUGGUGACUUUGAUAUUCAAUGGAUGCUUCAGCAAGGAUAUGAGUAUUAAGCAAUGUGUAUUCUACGUCCUGGGAUCAAUAGCCACUCUGUGCUACAUUGGAUAUAUCGCCAGUCUGCAGUGGUAUUAUUACUAUUACGCAGGGGCGUGGCACUCGGAUACAGCCAACAUCAGGAACAAUACUACUGCCUGUUUCAAAAUACUAUCGUCGCUGAACAACGUAUUGCUAGGUUGCAGUGUGCUGAGUGCCUACCAGGUGAACAUGUGCUGCACCCCGUGGUCCAGGUGGGAUGUCCUCCUCUUAGUACUCCUGGGUAGUGCCCUAGGGGUAUUACUAAUAGUGAUAAUCAGUGGUACUAAUGGGCAGAUUGGCAUAUAUGGGUACUACAACGGCAACACUGAUUUCUAUUGCCUAGUAGUGCUCCACCUGGUACUACUAGUGGCCACUCUAUUAGUAUGCCACUAUCGCAUGCCAUUUCCAGGCAAGUACGAGCUGUGGCGUUGGGAUCUGUCACUGUGGGACACUAUGCUAGUACUGCUGGUACUAGACUCAUUAGUGGUACUGGUAGUAGCGGUAGUACAGAAGGACCAGACUGAGAAUUGCUCUGCCCUCUUAACCUUACAUGCCAUUGUAUGUGGCGCUGCACUUGGUAUAGUACACUUCAAGGAACCCUUGUCACAGUAUUGGCCCAGGGACCGAGUUUCUUGCGGAGUGCUCAGUUUGGUGUCGCUAGUCACGUGGAUAGGAGUGGCAAGUUAUCAUGACAAAUUAUUAUCUGCAAGUAGUACCGAUUUAGACGCAAAAGUUUAUUGCCUAGUGGCAUACGCCAUCAUCACAUUUGGUGGUGCUCUAUACUAUGGCUUCCGUAGUGGCCUUGUCCAGGGCAGAUGCUUCACUAAGAAGAGCGGUAGUAGCUCAACACAGCUACAGGGUAGUGAUGAGGCAGUAUCGGGAACAGAAAGUAUUGCCAAUAGUACAGAAGACAUAGUAACCGAAGUACCGUUACCAGAGGACAACACUGCUCUAAUGUAGUUUAGUUAAU